CCAAAUACGAUAUCAGUCAUUGUCAACAUGACCAAAGAACAGAAUUCUGCUAACAAAACGGAUAAUGCGGAUUGGUGUAAUUUGGAUCGGAUACCAAAGAAGCGUAAAUGGUGGCGUUCGUGGGCAGCUUCGCUUUUUAUAUGUUCGAUCUCCGCUGGAGUAAUCCUCUAUUUCGCUUUCAGCAAAAUUACAAUAACCCAGUAUAAAGAGAACAACGUUAUAUCAGCUACUAUGCUGGCUAAUAUAAAAAAUGGAUCAGUUAUUUGCUACACAAGGGAAGAAAAGAAAGAGAUGAACUUAGCAGUUUUCUUUAAUCUAGCUCUAGGAUUAUUGUCCAUUGUGGUUGGCAUUUUUUGUGGUCGCUUCUCUCUCAUCUUUGAAGAAAUAUUUCACCUUAAAAGCCGUUAUAAGGGAAAACCAUUCCGAAUGAUAAGAGCUUGUUUUAAUGGGAUCUCAUGGCCGGCAGUUGCUACUGUUGUGAUUCUUACUGUUAUCACAAUUCCUGUUGUGACAUCGAAAAGCGAAACGUCAUUCGAAAAUAAACAUAUAAUGAUUAUCUUGAGUGGGAUUGGCAUAGGGCCUCUCGUUAUGCACUUGUUAAAUCUUAACACACAGUCUGAAGUCCAAAUAUCUACAAUUCUCGAGGAAAAAGAAACAUAUGUUGCUAACGGACUUGCAUGGUCUUACUAUUUGAACUAUCUGGAUAAAGCUUUGCCAAUAUUUAAUGAACUUUUUACUGAUAAUAACAAACCUGUACAAGAUGAAGGAGAAAAAGUGCGUUUAAAUUUAAAUAAAAUGAUCUUGCUUUUAACUCAUAAUUGUAAUGUAGUUCAAAAUCUGGAAGAACACGACAACAAGAUUAGGAAAGUGACUGAUAUCGUCCAGGGUAAAUUCAGGUUUCCUGUUUACGAAUUAACAGAUACUGAUAACUCUAAACACACAUACGUUAUAAAAUAUGUUAUGCAACCAUUGCAGACUAUACAUAGCAUGAGUAAAUAUGAACGACCUAAAGCUGUCACGGAAAAAGAGCGUGGGGAUCAAGUUAAACUUCUUUACAGAACACUGCUUGACAUUCUAAACGAACCACUUGUAACCAAAUACGAAGACAUGUGUAUUUUUGUACCCAUAAAGACAAAAAAGGAAGAGCUACAAAACGGAGGCCUAACAAAGUUGAUUAUUCAAAGUAUUAACUGUGUUCAAAGCAUCAAGAAAAAUCAAAAGCAUCACAGUGGGCAAAUGGAUGGGUUUAUCCAGGUUCCUACUGUCCCAAAAGACUCAAGACGCAAAAGUCAUAUGCAAGAAGGGUGUUCCUCUGCUGCAGUAAAAAUAAAUCACGACUCCUCUAAAAAAAUAAAUGAGACGGAUGCAUUAUUAAAUAAAAGUGAACAAAAGAAAGAUGAUGUCACAUGUAGACGAAAUAAAGGCAAAGGUAAAGGGAAAUGUACGCAACAUAGCAAUGACUCAAAAGUGAAGAAACUAGCCACAAAUGAUGACGAAGUGGAAAAUAAAGAAAGAUCAAGCAGCUCUGAAAGGGCAGAGGAUGAUCAAGGUACCCCACCAAUAUCAAACCAUAGUGAAGAGAAUGAAACAAUGCCUAGCCAAAUUACACACUUUGAUUUCUCAUCGUAUGAUACUGAUGUUGCCGAAGUCGAAUGA